AUGCCACAGCAUUCGGUCCAUAACCCACAACAAUGGCAAUUGAGGUAUGCACAAGAGUUUGUGCAGCCCGAUAGACAAACAACAUUCACAAAACAGUUGGCUGCACAAUUUCGACUAGGAUGUGCAUCAAACCAAUUUCUUGCUUCUCUUGAACAAAUGCAACGAUCAGAUGAAACUGUAGAGUGUGUAAUGCCAUUGUCAAAUGAGAAUACGACAGUUAAGGACAACAAUGUGAGGUUGGAGGGUGACACUGCGACGCUGGAGUAUAAUACUGCAUUUGAUGAGGGAAAUGAGGAUUUGUUCGUUACCGGUGAAGAUAGAUUUGAUCACACCUCAGAUGAUGGGCUUGAACAAUCGCAAGAUGACAGUUCAAACGAUGACUGCCUUUAUGACAGUGACAUUCCAAUUUGCAAUAAUGUUGAAGGCGAAACGAAAUCUGUUGGAGGUGUUGAUGUAGAAGAUGUUCAGUGUGAUGACCCCAUAUACAAUAACCCCAUCGCUGGUGCAGAAAGGUUCUCCUUCCAAACAAUUACCACUGAGGAGUCGACAUGUGCCGAAGAUCGCUUAUACAAAGGAAGAAUGUUUUCUUCGAAGGCCGAGUUGAAACGAGCUUUAAACAUGUUGGUUAUAAAAGAGAAGUUUGCGAUAAGAGUAAAAAGGUCAUGUAAAGCUCGUUAUAAGGUUGGUUGCAAGGACAAGGCAUGCAAGUUCAGUGUUCGUGCAACAAAGUUACCUGAUAGAGGAGAAUAUUGGAAAAUUCAGACAUUCUACAAAGUACACACCUGUACCGUUGAUGGUUUGCAAAGGCGAUUUCCAACUACGAGUGCGAAGAUGAUUGGUGAACUUAUGUCACACAAGAUUCGGGCUAAUGGAGUAGCAUUGAGACCUAAGGACAUAAUUUGUGAGAUGAGGGUUCAGUGGGGAUUGGAAUGCUUGUAUGGUAAGGCUUGGCAAGCUAAAGAGUAUGCGGACAAGCUUGGGUUUAGGGAUGUAAUGCGUCCUACGGUUGCAAUUGAUGCGACACAUCUGAAAGGCAAGUUCAAGGGUGUUCUGUUUGUUACUGUAUGCAAAGAUGCGAACAAGUGCGUAUAUCCAGUUGCAUUUGGCAUUGACCAUGUUAAGGAUGAAGACUCGUGGACGUGGUUUCUUAGCAAGCUGCGUGAUGUGGUUGGUUGUCCUGAAAACACUAUGUUCAUUUCUGAUCAGCAUCUCAGCAUUAAGAAAGCAAUCCAAAAUGCAUAUCCAGAAACGCAUCAUGGUUUAUGCGGUUACCACUUGAAAAAAAACUUUAAAAACAAGUUCAAGCGCGACGAUGUUUGUAUGUUUUUCACCUUUGCUCGAGAUUACUAUAAGGUGGCCGAUUUCAACAGACAUAUGAACUAG